AUGGGAUUCCAAGGAGAUGAAGAAACGGCAACAGCAGCUGCCAAAGCACCUGCAAUAUCUCCUUUCAGGUACAACUCACCCCUGGUUCAGGUUAGCUUAAUAGGUCUAGUAUGCUUCUGUUGUCCCGGCAUGUUCAACGCCCUUUCCGGCAUGGGAGGUGGCGGCCAAGUUAAAACUACGGUCGCAAAUAAUGCUAACACGGCUCUGUACACGACCUUCGCGUUCUUCGGGAUCCUUGGUGGUAGUGUUUACAACAUCUUUGGACCGAAGAUUACCCUUGCCAUGGGAUGCUCCACUUAUGUCCUUUAUGCUGGCUCUUUCCUCUACUACAAUCACUACCAUGACCAGACUUUUGCUAUCAUUGCCGGUGCUGUUCUCGGCAUCGGUGCAGGCUUUCUUUGGGCCGGACAAGGUGCUAUCAUGACUUCCUAUCCUACUGCUGGUCGUAAAGGCAUCUAUAUUUCUCUCUUCUGGACUAUUUUCAACUUGGGUGGUGUCAUGGGUGGACUCAUACCUUUCUUCCUGAACUACCACCGGGAAGACUCGGAAACCGUCAAUGACGGCACAUAUAUCGCCUUCAUGUGUAUCAUGUCAACUGGUGCCCUCAUCUCAUUGGCAAUUCUCUCCCCUGCUCGAGUUGUCAGAGACGAUGGUACUCGUUGCACCAACAUCAAAUACUCAAAUGUUGCAACCGAGGCCAUCGAGAUCCUUAAGCUCUUUCGUAACCGGAAGCUGCAAUUCAUCAUCCCAGCUGCCUGUGCUAGCAACUUCUUCUACACCUACCAAUUCAAUGAUGUCAACGGCUUGAUGUUUAAUCUGAGAACAAGAGGAUUGAACAAUGUGUUCUAUUGGGGAUCUCAAAUGAUAGGUUCAGUCGGAAUCGGAUACAUUUUAGACUUCAGUUUCAAGAGCAGAAGAACAAGAGGCUUGGUUGGGGUAGGGGUUGUCACUGUGCUCGGGACAGCAAUUUGGGCAGGUGGCCUUGCCAACCAGUUGAAUUACUCUUUUGACAAGCCUCCCAAGCGGCUGGACUUCAAAAGAUCCGGCACCGAUUUCGCCAAACCGUUCGUAUUGUACUUUUGCUAUGGUUUAUUAGAUGCCAUGUUUCAAAGUCUGGUUUAUUGGACAAUCGGAGCAUUAGCUGAUAACUCAGAGGUCCUCAGCAGAUACGUAGGAUUCUACAAGGGAGUGCAGAGUGCAGGAGCAGCAGUUGCCUGGCAAGUUGACAAAAACAAGGUUCCGUUGCUGAACCAGCUGAUAGUGAAUUGGGGGCUGACCACUUUGAGCUAUCCAUUGCUUGCGCUCCUCGUUUACAAGGAGGUUAAGGAUACGGAUAGCAGUAAACCUGCAACAGAUGAUGACACUGCUUCUGGACUGCCUCCCCCUGCUUCAAUGAAAGAUGGUUACAAAGAACUCGAAAACUCUACUACCACAGAGAAGGAUGGUUAG